CCGUCUCAUACAAGAUGAGGUGAUACGAGUAAUAUCCAUUCCCACGGCUAUAACACCCCGGAAUCCGGAUGCCUGAUUAUUGAAUCCUCCACCCAAGUGACGAACACUCCACCUUCCCCAAUCCAAUACUAUACAUCAUUUCCCCGCUUAAUACCCUCUUCCCUCCUUCAAGUUAAGGCUUUGGUAUUGUUGUUUGGUGUUUCAUACGUGAAGGUUGAAGACAUUCAUUGCCUUAAUUGUUCUCAUUAUGGUUAAACAUGCUUCAUUGUUAACACUGAUAGCUAUAAGGCAUGCCAACCAGUAAUACUGAUAAAACCACUAUAGUUCUAUCCUGAAGUUUUAAAGCAAGUGUUGUUAUAAUGGAGCUGAAGGCUGUGAAAGAUGCAUUUGAUCACGUUACGAAGAAGCAAAAGCUGUAUUCCUCCAAAUGCCAUGAAGUAAUAGAAUUGAUAGGUCAAGAAAUUGAGCAGGCUAUAGUUAAGCUACAAUCAGCUGAUUCUAGCUCCCCCUAUCCAGAUUAUAAAGCAAUACUUGUUGAUCUCAAGUCCAAGCUGAAGGAGAUUGCUAAUCUUAACCAUACGGAAUCCUACCAAAAAGAGCUGAAUAGUGCACUGGCCAAGUACCCAAAGCUGCUUGAAAAAUCUUUCAACCCCGAGAUUUCAAAAGCAUACAGAAACGUUGAUUUUGAUGUCAACACGAUUAACCAGAUCAUAGCUAGUCAUCUGUAUCGAGAAGGUCUUUUUGAAGUCGGAGAUUGCUUUGCUAAUGAAGUUGGAGAACGAGAAUCAGCCGCCUUGAAAUCGGCGUUCACUGAGAUGUAUUAUGCUCUUCAAUCCAUGAAGUCCCAUAAUUUGGAACCAGCCCUGAAAUGGGCUUCUGAUAACCGUGAGAAACUCACGCAAAUUGGAUCAGAUCUCGAGUUUAAACUUCAUAGACUACAGUUUGUAGAAGUUUUGCAGAAUCAAGGUAGAGAUGAUGCCUUAAAAUAUGGUAGAAAUUUUUUUAAGCUUUUCAGUGACUCUCAUAUGGCUGAAAUCCAGAAGCUGAUGACCAGUAUUUUAUGGGCCGGUAAACUCGAAACUUCCCCCUACUCUCAUCUGCUUUCCCCCGUCAAUUGGGAGAAGUUAGGUGAGGAAUUUACUAGGCAGUUCUGUAAUCUUCGGGGGCAAUCUUAUGAAAGUCCGUUGAGUGUAACCGUGGCUGCUGGGAUUCAAGGGCUUCCCACCCUUCUUAAGCUUAUGAAUGUGAUGAUGGGUAAGAAACCGGAAUGGGAAUGCAUGAAGCAGCUUCCUGUCCCUAUUGAUCUGGACAAGGAAUUUCAAUUCCAUACGGUUUUCGUGUGCCCGGUAAGUCGAGAUCAAGCAACCGAGGAGAACCCACCAAUGUUAAUGUCAUGUGGGCAUGUUCUAUGCAAGCAGUCAAUAACGAAGCUCUCAAAAAACAGUACGAAGUCAUUUAAGUGCCCGUACUGCCCUUCGGGGAUUGAUGCCACUCACUGUAAACAGUUGUUUUUCUAAAUGUGGUGAACAAGUAUAGCAGAAGCUGUUUAGGAUCUCAAUUUCUUCUUCCUUUAUAUGCAGGUUUUUUGUGAAACUGAUGUGUGUUUCUGUUGCUGGUGCGUUUCGCCGAUUGUAAAUAUACAAAUAAAUAUACAUUCUUUGUA